CCUCCCCCUUCUUCCCCUCCCUUUUUUUUUUUUUUUUUGUUUUUAUUUCGUUGGCCGUUUGGGGCCGGCCCUAUGGCGGCGGCCUCCUCAGGCUCCUCGGGCCUCCCCGGCCUCACCAUGGGACUAGGCCGCUGAGCCUCCCCCCCCCCCCCACGACAGGUCGCGACAGUCGCGAUAGUGGCGACAGCCCGACGACAGGCCCCGCGGGGGAGGAGGAGGAGGAGGAGGAGGCAAUAAGGGGGCCCCGGAUGAGACCCCCCCGAAAACGCCUCAGGGAGGAGGCCCACAGCUCGGACGGGGACCACGACCAGGAGGAGAAGGAGGUUUCUCCAACCCAAAGGGAUGAGGUGAUUCAAUGGCUGGCCAAACUCAAGUACCAGUUCAGUCUUUACCCAGAAACCUUUGCUCUGGCCAGCAGUCUCCUGGACAGAUUUUUAGCUACAGUAAAGGCGCGUCCAAAAUACUUGAACUGUAUUGCAAUCAGCUGUUUCUUCCUUGCUGCCAAGACAAUUGAGGAGGAUGAGAGGAUUCCAGUACUGAAAGUGUUGGCCAGAGACAGUUUCUGUGGUUGUUCUUCAUCUGAAAUUCUGAGAAUGGAGCGGAUUAUCCUGGAUAAAUUGAACUGGGACCUUCACACAGCUACGCCAUUGGAUUUCCUUCAUAUUUUCCAUGCAAUUGCGGUGUCAACCAGGCCUCAGUUGCUGUUCACCUUGCCCAAGCCGAGCCCAUCUCAACACAUGGCGGUCCUCACCAAGCAACUACUCCAGUGUAUGGCGUACCACCAGCUCCUGCAGUUCAAGGGGUCCAUGCUCGCCCUAGCAAUUAUCAGUUUGGAAAUGGAGAAACUUAUCCCUGAUUGGCUAGCUCUUACAAUCGAGCUGCUCCGGAAGGCACAGAUGGACAGCUCCCAGCUGAUUCACUGCCGGGAGCUCGUGGCCCAUCACCUUGUCGCUCCGCAGUCUUCCCUGCCUCUCAACUCCGUGUACGUCUACCGUCCCCUCAAGCAGACCCUGGUGACCCGUGACCAAGGAGUGUUCCCAUCCCACCCCUCCUCGGUCACGGGACCAGAUUUCUCCAAGGACAACAGCAGACCAGAAGUGCCGCCCAGAGGUGCGGCGGCGGGGCCCUGCCAGCGGCUCGCCAAGCACGCCUCCGCGAAACGCAAAGUGGAAGAGAUGGAAGUGGACGACUUCUACGACGGCAUCAAGCGGCUCUACAACGAGGAGAGCGCGCAGGAAGUCCUGGCUCUGGAAAACGUGGGCUCCGGGUGCGGCGGCGACGUAGCCAGGCAGGAGGGCCGGGCCUCCCCUUGUCCACCCCUGCAGCCCGUUCCCGUCAUGUAGCUCCGGCGACUUGCCCUGAGCGCGGCCGCCGAGAGCUACCGCGGAAGCGGGCCAAGGUGCGGAAGGGCACGUACCUCGUCAGGCUGAACUGAAGGGAGCCAGAAAAACCCGAAGUCUUCUCGUGCGGCUAAUUAUAAACCAACCGUUAUUUAAGCACUUAAAACCCAUCAAAAAAAAAAAAAUCAUAAAAAGUUAUAAAAGACCCAAAAAGAAAGAAAAAAGUAGCUUCCUUUUUUUGCCCCCACCUCUAGUGUCCUCCCUUCCACCGUUUUCUUCUCUAAUGUAAACUGGUCUCUGUGUCAGUUCACAUAUACUCUUCGCUAGUAAGCCAGUCCCAGCCUCUUUCUCCUGCUCGCUCUUCCUUUAACUCUUAACCAGCCCCAUGCAUGCUUCCCCCAGUCCGACCUUCAGUAAGGAGAUUUGAAACCCCGCCAAAUCGUUCAACCAAAGUGAGACGAGCGUUGACUGCAGGCUUUCAAAUUACACUGAAUCUGAAAAAGGCCGUUGUCAACUGCCCCGCGAGAGGUGGGUGUGCGAUGCACAGGCUGUAGAAAAGGCGUUCAACCCACUGCACCUCCAGCUAAUGUGUCUGGGCCCAUGUGGAAAGCCGGAAAAUCCACUUGGGAUCUCUGGAACUAAAUUAGUAUUUUGAUUUUUGUGAUCAAGGUGAAACACGAUCAGGUGUUUAAGGCACUGCCAAUUUUGAUUUCUUGAAGUAUUUUUGGUGUUUAUAUGAAAAUCUGGCAGUUAACUACUUGGGGACGCACAGCGUGCUUCAGAAAAUUGAAGGGUUUUUUUUGCAACUAAUCAUGAUUUCCACGUGUAUUACAAUCGGGAUGAGCCACUGCUGGUUUAGCUGUCAGGACAGCUCAUUUUGCGUCUUGCAUAUGUGCAAUUGUCAGUCACAGGAACCCAAAGUUGCGCUUUACCCUGGUAAACCCUAAAAGCUUGUCCUUUUUCUUCUCCCCCUCACCCACCCACCCACCCACCAGUGUCUGCCAUUUCUUCUCAAGACCUCUCUGGAAACCUGAGCUCUCUCCACAGUCUGAGGAAGGUAUCGCAUGGAGCCACUGUACUAAUGGAAGCCUUCUGGUAGCAAUAAAAAAAAAAGUUGUCCUUGA